AUGAAGGUCGACGUGAAGCGACAAUUGUUCGCCCGCAGCGAGCGGGUGAAGGGUAUCGACUUCCACCCCCAAGAACCAUGGAUCCUCACCACAUUGUACAGCGGCCACGUCUACAUCUGGUCGUACGAGACGCAGCAGAUCGUGAAGACAUUCGAACUCACCGAUGUCCCCGUCCGAGCCGGUCGAUUCGUCGCAAGAAAGAACUGGAUCGUGUGCGGUUCCGAUGACUUUCAGAUCCGUGUCUACAACUACAAUACAUCGGAGAAGAUCACUUCGUUCGAGGCUCACCCGGACUACAUUCGCGCCAUCGCCAUCCACCCCACACAACCUUUCGUGCUGACCGCCUCUGAUGACAUGUCGAUCAAGCUUUGGGACUGGGAAAAGGGCUGGAAGUGCGUACAGGUCUUCGAGGGCCAUGGACACUACGUUAUGGGCCUCGCCAUCAACCCCAAAGACACCAACACUUUCGCCUCGGCCUCCCUAGACCGCACCGUCAAGAUUUGGAGCCUCGGCUCUGCGACACCCAACUUUACCCUCGAGGCCCACGAGGCCAAGGGUGUCAAUCACGUUGACUAUUACCCGCACUCUGACAAGCCCUACCUUCUGACGACGUCUGAUGACCGCACUGUCAAGGUCUGGGACUACACCACCAAGUCGCUGAUUGCCACUCUUGAGGGUCACACGAAUAACGUCUCAUUCGCGUGCUAUCACCCCGAGCUGCCAGUCAUCAUCUCCGGCUCCGAAGAUGGGACCAUCAGGAUAUGGCACGCCAACACCUACCGAUUCGAGCAGUCUUUGAACUACGGCCUGGAGCGCGCAUGGUGUGUCUCUUACCAAAAGGGCAAGCAGGGCGUCGCUGUCGGUUUCGACGACGGUGCCGUCGUCGUGAAGCUAGGUCGCGAGGAACCCGCUGUGUCCAUGGACGCAUCAGGAAAGCUUGUUUGGGCUCGUCACAACGAGGUGGUUUCCGCCAUUAUCAAGGGAGGAGAUGCUUCUAUCAAGGACAACGAGCCCAUCUCCUUGCCCGUCAAAGAGCUUGGUACCUGCGAAGUAUACCCCUCGACCUUGGUGCACAACCCGAAUGGCCGAUUUGUCGCAGUUUGCGGAGACGGCGAGUACAUCAUCUACACAGCCCUAGCGUGGCGUAACAAGGCUUUUGGAUCUGCACUGGACUUCGUUUGGGCGUCCAAGGAGAACACCAACGACUUUGCCAUUCGAGAGUCGGCGACCAGCGUCAAGGUCUACAAGAACUUUGUCGAGAAGGCGGGCGGUCUUGAUGUCGGUUUCCAGGCCGAAGGCUUGACUGGUGGCGUUCUUCUUGGUGUCAAGGGCCAGGGUGGCAUCUCGUUCUUUGACUGGCAGACUGGAGGCCUUGUCAGGCGGAUCGAGGUUGAGCCUAGAGAGGUGUACUGGUCUGACAGCGGCGAGCUGGUGGCUCUAGCUUGCGAGGAUACUUUCUACGUCCUGCGGUUCUCGCGCGAGGCCUACGUCGAGGGUGUCCAAAGCGGCCAGGCUGACGAAGACGGCGUCGAGUCGGCUUUCGAGGUCAUCACUGAUAUCAACGAAAGUGUCCGAACGGGAGAGUGGGUGGGCGACUGCUUCCUAUACACCAACAGCACCAACCGAUUGAAUUACCUUGUGGGUGACCAGACAUACACUGUGUCUCACUUCGACCAGUCUAUGUACAUCCUGGGCUAUAUUCAGCGCGAUUCGAGGAUCUACCUGGCCGACAAGGAUGUCGGUGUCACCUCUUUCGCGUUGUCCCUGCCCGUCCUCGAGUACCAGACCCUAGUCCUUCGCGACGAGAUGGAAACUGCGCAGGAGCUUCUGCCCACGAUUUCUGCGGACCAGCUCAACAAGAUUGCGCGCUUCUUGGAAGGUCAGGGCCACAAAGAGAUGGCGCUGGAGGUCGCUACUGACCCUGAGCACAAGUUCGAGCUGGCUCUCGCACUGGGCCAACUGGACACCGCUCUUGAUCUGGCUAGAGAAGCAGACGUCGAGCACAAGUGGAAGACUGUCGGUGACGCUGCGCUUGCCGGGUGGCAAGUGGCCGUGGCACAGGAGUGUUUUACAAACGCAAAGGAUCUUGGAUCCCUGCUCCUUCUUUACUCAUCCACGUCGGACCGCAGCGGGCUUUCAAGACUUGCCGAGCAAGCGCAAGAGGCCGGUGCCCACAACGUCGCAUUCAGCUGCAAGUGGCUUCUGGGCGACGUUGCUGGCUGUAUCGAGAUCCUUAUCAAGACUGGUCGCUUGGCCGAGGCCGUUCUCUUCUCGCAAACAUAUAAGCCUAGCUUGACGGCAGACGUCGUCAAGGAAUGGAAGGAUAACCUCGAGAAAAACAAGAAGGGCCGCGUCGCUAAGAUGGUCGGUGUCCCAGUAGAGGACGAGGAGCUGUUCCCCGAGUGGGACGAGUGGCUGCAGCUCGAGAAGCAGGGCGGCACGGCGCCUGAGGCGAUCGAGGUCAAGAAGGUCAACGGCACAGAAUCACCCGAGGUCGCAGAGGAAGAAGCGGACGAGGCCGAGGAGGAAGUCCACGAGGAAGAGGCCGAGGCGGAAGAGGAUGAGGAGUAG